AUGCGUUCCAGUAACGUCUUGUAUGUUUUAGUAUUGAUCCUUUCAUUAGUAAAGGAAUCAUAUCCAAUGCUAAAGUUGUAUAAUAAUCAUGAUGAAGAAAUCACAUCUUUUCAUAAUGUUGAUUUGUCUAUUACUGACACUUAUACGCAAGUGACGGGAAAUUUAUUUAUUGCUUCGUUCCAAACGGGACCAGAUCCGUGCAUAGUGCGAGAAAUACCGGAAUAUGAUGAUAAUAAGGAUUUAAAUCUGAAAACAGGUAAAACAACAGAUACCGCCAUUAUAAUUACACCAACUUUAAACGAUACUACAUCCGUUACCAAUGAUCAAGAACCACCUCAAACUGCAUUACCAAAUAAUACGCUCAAAGCAAUCAUCUUUUCUUCUUCCCAUAAUGGAAUUCCUGGAAUAAGAGAACAGUAUAAAGGAGAUAUUAAAAUUCUCAGAACUGCGACACUUAUUAUAACAUUAAUAAAUUGUGAAGAUAUUGAUGAUUUAAUAAAAAUUGCAAAUGACGUUGCUUACGUAAAUGUAACAGCAAAUGAAGGUCCAUGGAUAGAAUUUAUGAAAAGUGAAACUUGGAAAGUUUUUUCAAUUGUAAUUGGGUUAUUAGAUUUGUUGCUUGUUAUGAUUAUAAUCUAUUUAAUUCCGAAAACUUAUGUGAAUUUGGGAUGCGCUUUAUGUAAUCCAAAAUAUUGGAUUUACCCAGCGUUGGGAAUUAUAAUCGCAUUUUCGUUCAUACUCCUUGAAUUAGAUCCCGGUGAUAUCUAUCAAGAUAAACUUGCAAUAUCAACAAAAGGAUUUUUUUAUUGUCUAAAAAAAUUUUUGACUGGAGUGUCGUACACGAUUCUAUACAUGUCAUGGAUGAUCGUGACAAGGAACAUUUGUAGAGAAAAGAUAUAUAAACCAUUUCUACUCGUUGAAAUCUCUAAAUUCUUUAAAGUUGUCCCACCAAUGUCGGUCUCAGCAUUUACGUUAUGUUUUAUAUUACGACUAAGUUAUAAGGAUAAGGCAGUGUUACCUCCAAUAAUUGUUUUAUUUAAAAUUUUAUUUAUUAUUGAAUCGAUCGCCUUGGGAUUAGUUGGAUUAGGAUUCCUUGUGUUUGGAAUCUUUAUAAUUUUUGCAUUGAAAGGAAGGGGACGGAAGUGGAAUUCGAUACAAACAAAGAAGCAACUCUUUGGAAUUUCUAGUAAUAACGGUCAAGAAUUUUCAAAUUGA